AUGGGGAAGAAAGCUGAUCCCAAGCAAAGCUCCAUCAAGUCAUUCUUUGGAGCAAGGGUAUCUUCACCAACAAAGAAGCGAAAACCUGCAGAAGCCAAUGUGGAGAACCCCACUCAGUCACCUGUGAAGCCGUCAAAAGUGGAGAAAAAAAGAAAGGUGGAAAAAAAUAGCGGGGUAAACGAGAAGAAAUUGGAGAAAACGCCUGAGGACGUUGGGGCUCAAGCAGAGAGAAAAGUAGAAGUGGAGGAAGAGGAGAAGGAAGAAGAGCAAGAAGAAGAAAAGGAGAGUAGGAUCAAGAUUAAACCUGGUCGACGUCGAUUGCGUCAACGCGUCGUUCGAGGAGAGCACGAAGACAGUGACAGUGAUUUCAAUCUUUCCUAUAGCACUAGCAAAACGAAAAGAAAGGAAAUACCGACAGAAAAGAAAUCAGAGAUGUUUAUCUCGGAGAAAGUGAAAAGAGCCUCAAAGGAAAAGAGCUUAAAUUAUGGUCGGGAGACAAAGCAGCAGAUGAAGGAGAACGCAGAAAAGAUUACAUUUAAUAUCGUCGAGGCUAAAGAGAAAAAAUCUAUUCAGGUCGAAACUAUCGGAGUUCAGGCAGGAAAGGAGGAGGGAAAGCCAAGAUUAGAUGCUGUGGCUUUUGAAGCAUCAAAAGCGAGCUCUUUCAUUACAGACUUAGGUCGAAAAUCUGAGACAAAAUUGACCACGGCGGAUGACAAGAUGGAAUUACAUACUGAUGGCAAAGUUAUUGUCAAGGACUCAUUUGGAACGCACGAAGGCCACUGUGACGAAGAGCAGGAAAUUCAGUACUCUGAGCUGGCACACUUAUUUGCCAAGAUUGAACAGGUUACAGGCCGUCUUAUUAUUCAAGAUUUGUUAACGGCGUUUUUCCGCAGCGUAAUUCUUCGUUUCCCACACGAUCUCUUAUCAUGCAUAUAUCUAUGUGUCUGUGUGGAUCUGGCGCCACCCUUUGAAAAUCUCAAGAUUGGAAUCGGUGACGCUAUUUUGAUGAAGGCAAUUGGUGAAGCAACGGGUGCAAAUCUCAAAUUCAUUAAGGAAAUGUAUCACAAAGAAGGUGAUCUUGGAAAGGUGGCGCAGAAUGCUCGAUCAAAGCAGAAGACAUUGUCAUUUACGUCGCUAAAACCUGCGACUAGUAGAGGUUGUGGACUCACUGUGCAGCAUGUGUACAAGCAGUUUGUUAAGAUUGCAAAGAUGACUGGCAGCAACUCGCAACAACAGAAGUGUUCAAUCAUCAAAGGUUUGCUUGUAAAGUGCGAGAAAGAAAAGAAUGACCAAGGCGCGCAGUCUGCUGAAGGCGCUAAGUACAUUAUUCGUGGUCUUCAAGGCAAACUCCGAAUCGGACUUGCGGAAAAAUCAAUUUUGAUGGGUUUAACUUACGCGUUUAUGACAGACAAAGAGCUAAAGGACAAGGAGAAACAACAGGAAGCUCUCGCCUUUGUUAAGAAGGCGUUCGCUGAGUGUCCUAGUUAUAAUGCGUUGGUUGCAGCGUUUUACGAUAUUCAGAAGCAAGUUCAUACCGCCCCUUUCAUUCGUGUCAGAGACUUCAUAGAGGUAGCUGAAAAGUGCGUUCUGACGCCAGGCACGCCCGUGUCGCCAAUGCUGGCACAACCUACAAAAGCGUAUGCAAUGGUGUUUGAUCGCUUUGAAGGAAAAUCUUUCACCUGUGAGUAUAAGUACGAUGGUGAACGUGCACAGAUCCAUAUCCUUCGAAGCGGAGAAAUUGCCAUAUUUUCGCGAAACUUCGAAAAUUCCACCGAACGAUUCCCCGAUGUCAAGCUGGCGAUCUCGAAUGCUGCCAAGAGAAACGUCAUUAUCAGCUGUAUUAUCGAUGCAGAGGUGGUCGCCGUAGAUCGUUCCACAAACAAGCGCCUGCCUUUCCAGACUUUAAGCACACGCUCUCGAAAGAACGUCAAAUUGGAAGAUAUCAAAGUUCCUGUCUGCAUAUAUGCGUUUGACUUGCUAUAUCUGAAUGGUGAAUCUUUCCUUGGUACUUCGCUGGCAAAACGACGUGAAAAGCUACGUGAUAUAUUUGAAAUUAAGCUCGGUGACUUUGAAUUUGCUUCUUCGAUAGACGUUGAGGAUGGCGUCAAUAUGACGGACAACCCAGAGGCGAUGGAAGAAGCAGUUAACAAGGUCCGCAACUUUUUGGAGGAAGCUGUACGUGAAAACUGUGAAGGUCUGAUGGUGAAAACCUUGAAAAAGGAGGCUACGUAUGAACCCGCGAACCGCUCUCACAAGUGGCUAAAGCUGAAGAAGGAUUAUCUGGACGGGAUUGGCGAUUCAGCUGACUUGGUCCCGAUCGGUGCGUUCUAUGGUCGUGGCAAGCGUACUGGAGUCUAUGGCGCGUACUUGCUGGCGUGUUUCGAUCCUGACACGGAAAUGUACCAACCAAUUACGAAGCUGGGGACGGGUCUGUCUGACGAAGUGCUCAAAAAGUUUUACGACCAAUUAAAAGAGAAGGUCGUGAACAAACCGCCAAACGAUUACGCCAUCAUUGAAGGCAUAAAACCUGAUGUUUGGUUCGAAGCAAGCUGUGUAUGGGAGAUCCUAGGUUCGGACCUUUCGAUUUCGCCCAAGUACACAGCAGCAAUUGGUCUUGUGGCUAAAGAUAAAGGCAUUUCACUGCGAUUCCCUCGCUUUAUCCGCAUUCGUGACGAUAAGGAGACGACACAGGCGACCAGUUCCGCUCAGAUUGCCGAACUGUAUCGGGCCCAGGGCCUUACGACGGUAGCCAAUGGUGAAGACGAAGAGGACGAUGACAUGCUGAUAUAG